UGGAGGCAGGAAGUGCCACCGGGACUUUCGCAUCACAUUAGAUGAAAAAAGGUUUGCUGACCUCAAGAGAACAAUGGUAAGGUGCUACCCCCUCCUGGGAUUCUUCAUGGUCUUUAGCUGGACAUGGCCGGGUAUAUCUUCCUCGGCAGUGGAUACGAAGGAAGUCCCCCAGUCUUGGAUAUCACUGUGGCUUCAACGGUAUAACGCCGACCUGGAAAUCCUGAAAGGAGAGAGUGCUUUCGCACUCUGGAGUAACCUCCUCUACCCGAGUUCCCGAACGUCGGUGGUGCUCCAGAACCAGCAUGCUCUUAUGGCAAAGUGGCAGCGAUAUCGCUUAGAGGAGCUCUACUCUUUAUACCAGAUGUCCGGAGAUUCCCGAUUUGCAUCAGAAAUAGGAUCGCUGACCAAGUCGGAGAUGCGCAUGCUCCAUCUCAUCUCCCGUGGGCCUAAGUACACCGCGCGGCUUGCAAGAUCUCUCUCCUCCAUGGUGAAUGCCAUGAGGCAAGUUUACUCGGAUGCCCCAAAAUCUGAGAGGGACAUGAACCAUCUCAUGAGUGCCAGUCGGGAUGCCCAGAUAUUGAGGAAAGCGUGGGAAUCGUGGCAUCUCUCCGUGGGGCCACGAAUACGGCCUCUUUUCACUGAAGCCGUCAUUGUCAUGAAUAACGCCGCCCAGGAAGGAGGAUAUCAGGACAUGGGCGAAGCCUGGCGAUCCGAACUCGAAGUAGACGAAGCUGACGUCCGGCUGAUGGUGAGAAGCCUUUUCGAUCAAGUGUUCCCUUUAUACGCUCUUCUCCACGCGUACGUCCGCCAUUUCCUCGUGAGAAGACAUGGAAGGGAUGUGGUCGAUCCAAAAGGUCCUGUUCCAGUUUACCUUCUUGGAGAUUUGUGGGGGCAAAACUGGGAGUCCCUGCUUGAUUUGAUUAUGCCAGAUGAACCCGGUGUGACAAGCAAUCCGAAGGUUAUAACAAACAACAUCGUUCCUCGAAUGAUUGUUAAGGAAGAGGAAAAGUUCUUCGAGGGUCUUGGAUUUCCACAUCUACCCGACAGGUUCUGGUCUUCGUCAGUUCUGGGAACGUCAGAGGCACCACCUAAUGCCACCUGUCAGUCCAGAGCCUUGGAUAUGUUCUAUCCCGAUGAUUACAGAUUACUGCUGUGUGAAAACGAACGCGUUAAAAUUCAAGAAGCUGCAUAUCAUGAGCUGGGCCACAUACAUUACUUCCACUCCUACAGCAAUCAGCCAGCCAUAUUUCGGGAUGGCGCAAAUUCAGCGGCCCACGAGACUAUCGGCGAUGUUGUCCAACUCGGAGCUGUAAACCACAUGAGACAAAAUGUGGAUAAGGAUUCGAGAAUCAGUGAGACGAGAAUCCUCCUAAAGAUGGCACUGAGGAAACUGCCACUCAUUGCAUUCGCUCGGGUUGUGGACGAGUGGCGAUGGGACGUCUUCGCUGGAAAGGUAGACGAAUCCAACUACAACAAGGCUUGGUGGGACUUGAAGCUGAAGUACCAGGGCGUGAAGCCUCCCUCUACACGAGAUGAGACAUAUUUUGACCCAGGAGCGAAAUUCCAUAUUCCCGACAACACUCCUUACAUAAGGUACUUCAUAGCGGUUGUAGCUCAAUUCCAGGUUCACAAAAACCUAUGUAAAAUAUCUGGAAACAAGUCUCCUUUACACAAAUGCACAAUCGCCCGAUCAAAGGAAGCUGGGAGACUCUUAUGGUCUGUCAUGUCUAGAGGCUCUUCGAUGAAGUGGCCCGAAUUCCUGGAAGCCCUGUCAGGGACCAGACGACUUAACGCCCAGCCCCUGCUGGAAUAUUUUGCACCUCUGCAACGCUGGAUGUCUCAGGAAGCGGAAAAACUCAAUAUGAGCAAGGGAUGGUGAGAGAGAGAGAGAGAGAGAGAGAGAGA